AUGGCUGCUCCCACCAGUGGCAUGAUAACCAACGAAAACAACAACGAUGACAUCGUCGAGGUUGACAACAACACCAACCCCGGGGAAAAUGCUCCAUUGCCAGAACCUUUUUUCAGAAGUCGACAGCACCCUGAUGCCGCUGGCCAACUUGCAGCGAAUCAUGCAAAAGAGCUGAUCCAACAAUGUGUCAAUGCGUUCAUCGGGAUGAUCACUCGGGAGGCCAAUGACCAGUGCAAGAGGGAGCACCGAAAAACUAUCCAAUCUGAAGACCUACUUUACACGAUGAACAAGCUAGGGUUCCAUGAUUACGUGGAACCCUUGAUGGAUUAUCUCCAGCGUUACAGGGAGUUUAAUCAUCACGGAGGAUCACUGCCAUCUUUUUCUUCUUCCUCUUCAUUAGCGGCUGCUGUUGAGAAUCCGACAGCGAGUGGUCAGUAUCCCACCGGUGAGCCAGGUCAGGGAAGUAGUGGAGACAAUGUGGAGCCUGACUUUGGGGGUUUCAAUGGGUAG